AUGGGUAGCCUCUCUUUCCGCAAGUUUAUUCGGUGGCUACCGGAUGAAGCCGGCGAGCCGACAUCAACGCUGGUGCUGACCUCUCCUGAGAAGAGGUUUGUGGAUAUAAGGGUGCUGUUGCCUGAUGGAAAAGACUCCUUGGCCAACGAUGAAGAAAUCCUGCCUUUGAGUCGCCUGGACUGGGCCAUGGCCGGCUUCUCGUCCUCCACCGCCAUCUCCGACGGCCACUCCCUUUCCCAAUGGAAACACUGGAUUGACUCUCGAGCUGUUGAUGCGCCUCCUGACGAAGGCCACAUGUACGCCCAGCCGGAUGGACUGAGCACCCUUGAAAAGGGCCACAUGACGAACCCUGCUACGGGAAAGGACACCGAGUACGAAGAGAUGUGGUAUGAUCCGCCGGCUGGGAAGACGGGCGGGGACAAGGUUGUUUGCGUGGUGCUUAUGAUGGAGGAUGAGAAGGCUGGGAAGAAGGGCAUGUUUGUGAGGGUUGGGGAGUGGGCGCAGGUGGUUGUGAGGGAUGGGAAUGGGGAUGGGGAUGUUGUGGCGGAGAGGUGGGAGUGGAGGGAUGAUGGAAAGGGAUGGAGGAGGAUUGUGAAAUUGGGGGAUGGGGAGAGGGAGUUGCCGUGUAGAGAGGUUUUGCUGGAUGGGAAGAAGAGUGAGUAUCGGGUUGGGGAUGAGGUUUGGAGGGUUGUUGAGGAU